UUCUAUUUCACCUGUCGCUCACUAGACACCAGAGAGUUGUAUGGCUAACUCCUUCCUGUGUGACAACUCUGGCCUUACCGGCAGCUAUUUUGUUGGUGUUGUUCAGUUUUGUAAGCGAACAUAUGAACAUGGAUUUGUACCAUGAACUUUUGUCUUUUUUUAACUAAAGGACUGGGUCAUUGUGUUUUUAUUCGGACAUCUUCAAAAAGUGACCUGUGGGAAAUGUACUGCAAUAUACAGGAUUUAUUAAACUUUUGACUUCUGGAUUUGUCUUGGGACUCAAUACAGAACUUUUAAAAAGAAUUUCACAAUGUGAUGUGACAUUGUUAUGCGAUGACAAUGCCUGGUAAUUCCGCAUCAGACUGAAGGAACUAGGCAUAGACAUUCAUUAUGAGCAACCAGGAUAAGUUCCAUACAGGCCACAGAACAAGCAUGCUACACCUCCGCUAUCUUGCUAGUUUUAUGGAUGAAAUAGACCGGGAGGUAGUGAGCCUGACGGAUCGAGCUUUCAAGAGUCUGUGCAUUGGAGAUGAAGCAAUCUACAACGACUCAGAGUUCUCCCCUUGCCCAGUCAGCUGUCACAAGCCACGAGUGGAGGAAGUCUCAAAAAAUACCCAAGAGAGCUCAUGUUCUGCUGUCAAUAAAGUUCACUCAUACCUGCUAAAUCGAGAAAAUGAUGCACUUGGGAGACCAAAAAAGACCUCAUCCAAGGACACAUCACAUUUUGCUGUGUUUUCUGCCAAGAAGAAUAGUGAAUGCACUAAAAUGAUAAAUGGUGAAUCAUGGGACAAAUCUGCUUUUCUCAGUAUCAAGAGGGAGCUCUCAGAGCUUUCCUCAGAUUAUCACAGUAUAACGGUGGAACAGUUUUCCUCAGCCAAUAAUAAAGUUUAUUCAGACGAGAAAGGAUAUGCCAAGAAAUCAAGCAAGGAUGCAUCAAUUCCCUCAAGAAAAUCCUCUAAGUGUAAACAUGAAAACAACAAACUGAAAAAACUAAAUUCCAAAAACGUUUUCCUUCAUAGUGAAUUCAGCCCAUUCCUGUCAUGGAGAGAUUUAAAUACAUUUUAUAUGGGGCAGGAUCACAUUUCAGAGAUUAUGCUGAGCAACAGACAAUCCAAAUGGUACGACUCACCUCUUUACAAGGAAUUAACAGCUGCACAUGAACACUAUAAAUUACAUGUUACCCCAACAGAGGACAAAGACGUUGAGAAUUGUCCAAAACAAACAGAGACUCAUCAGGUUAAAGUGCAACCUGACUCUGUACAAUCCACAUCAACCAGUACACCACCAAAACCAAAGAAAGAGAAACAGUGGGGUCAACAUGAUAUUGUCUCCAAGGCUCCUCUGCUUACCACCGAAAAGAGAUGUAAUUCAGAAAAGGUGGAAUCUUGUGUCCCCUGGCGAAAAAACAAAACUAGGGCAAAAAGUGCCAUUCCUUUGGGACUCUCUCUAAUUACUUUACCAGUCUACGAGGGGACAAAAGCUGGAGAGGAAGGUGCCCAGCCAAUUGAAAAAGAGGUAAAGACAAUAGAGGACCAGACCUCCUCAAGUUCAACUCCUUUCAGCAUUUCACAUUUGUUGACACCAGUGAUACUCUCGAGACAAGGCACAGGAACCUCAGAGAUAUUGCAAGCUGUGCUCCCACCUACUGCUCUGGAUGUCCCACGGAUUCCGGAGAGAGAGAUGCAUCCAUCACCUGAGAUUAAGCGAGAGGUGUACAAAUCUAUGGCAUCAAGUUUGUUAUUUAGUCUCAAGGACAAUCGAAAACGAGUUAAGGCCAUGUAUAGCCCACCCAAGUUUAAAGGUUUAGAUUUGACAGGUCAAAACAAAGAGUUGCCUUUGCCUGAAGUACCCAGUUCGAAAGAUGUGCUUAAAAUUCCAGUUUCAAAAGCAACAACUAUUUCACCUGCUCGUCAAAAAAACAUUAUCUCUCCUCUCUUAGAAUCUGCAGACACCCAGAAUUGUUCUCCUCAUGGAUAUGCUAAAGGAGGUGUGCCAGAUGACUAUUUGGCAUUAAGUCUGCUUCAAUCAGGUGGGUCAGCAAACAGACCUCUAAAAUCAAACAGGAAUCCUUUAGCAAUCAGGAUGGCAUACCCCUCAUUACAGCUGUAUGGAAAGGCUAGUGUUGAGGAGAGUCAUUUCAAAGCACAUUGUCAAACUGUGGUAAAUACCAGCUCGCAGGUUUUCACAGAUAAAGCCAUCAAUUCUGAGCACAUCAAAUAUCGUGACACACACAGCAAUCUAAAUAUAUUAGUUCAAGGUGUUAAUGAAGAGCAGCAGGAAAAAAUACCCAUUCUUAGUUUAAUUAGAGAAAGGGCUUACAAAAACAGGUCUGUAAAAAGCCCAUACGCAAAUUCAACAAAAUGUGAUGACAAUAAGGACAAGCUAGAAACUAGCACAACAGUCAGCAUGCAGAAACUCCCUGUCAAAGAGAAAGAAUCUAAUAGAAAGGAAGACAGAGCAAAACACUUAUUUUCGGCAAGACAGAACAACUUCAUUAAAAGUCAAAGAAUUAUAAGCAAAGAUGAUGAUGAUAAUGACAAUGAUGAUGAUAAUAGUUCAAGUGCAGACAAAGUGCUGUUGGCUAUAAAGGAUAAACAUUUUAUUAAUGUAUUGUCCAGGCAUUCCAAAAAGGCAAAAACCAAAGAGCUAGAACAGGGUCAAUAUAACACAGGUUUUCAUCAAGAUAAAGGAAUGAUUGGCGCAUCAACAUUAAAAGAAAGUGCUAAUGUAAAAGAAGAAACUACUACUGAAAAACAGAGCAGUUUCAUAUCAAUAAGCAAUUCAGAAACUCAAAAAGAACAAGUAAAAAAUGAGUCCAUGUCUAUGAAAGGAAAUAUUUAUGCAAAAAGAGCAUUAUUUGUGUCAAUGGAACAGGUGGCGAAUAAGACAACUGUAACAUUCAAGAAAGACAACACUGUCAUAGAUAAAUAUGACUGGGCUAAAAUGGCUUUAGAGAAAGUAAUUGCUGAUAGAGAGCAAAGAAAAUUGAAAAGUAAAGUUGUUUCAAAUCAAAAAAUUGUAGUCAUGGAUAGAAAUAGAGUUGGUUGUGAGUUAUCUACUAAUGAACAUGAACAAAAGACAAGUAUGUUUGAAAGAAAUAGGGGUACAAACACCAAAGAUGGAAAAAGUCAGAAUAAUGCAUCUGCAUUUAAAACAAACAAGCAGGCUGUUCAAAUGAUGUCAGAGGAUGUGGUAACCAAAUAUGAUGAUAGUGAAGAAAGUAACAGAUAUAAAGUCAACGGUAAUAAUAUUUUUAGACUCCAAGAAAAAGAGUUGGCUAAAAAUAUAGGUCAUCCAAAGGUGGGAACCAAUAUAGGUAAUCUUUUGGAAAGUAGAAAUAUUCAUAGUUCUGGCCAAUGUGAGGAAGAGUUGGGAAAUAUGAAACUAUGUUUUUUCCAUACACCUGAGGUACCUCCAAGAAGAGGAAGAAGUACUUCUGAAGGUAAUAGCAGAGUAGCUGAGAAGACAAUGAAAAAUAAAGAGUUAAAAAGUGAAGGUGGCACAUCAUUCAAGACUGAGGAUAUGGAAAGUAGAGAAGCCAGUACAUUUUGUCAAAGUCAAUCAAAGAAUCGAGGUCAAGUGAAGGGAAAUGUAUCAGCUCUAAAAGAAAUAUAUGACAAAGAAAGUGGGAUGCCAUGCAAAAAUGUUCAGAUGUAUGAGUUUGCUGGAAAUACUAGUUCAGAAAAAUCUAAAGACGAAAGGCCCAAUGACCAGUCUCCAAAACAUAAAACAAAACAUAAAACAAUUAUUCCAAAAGUCACAGUCAGUUCCACGGAAAGUGAAUCUUUCAACAAGGAGAUGGAUUCAGAGAAUAAAAGAACAUUUGAAAGUCCAUCCAAAGCAUCAGAAAAAAGGAAGGCAGAAUGUGAUUCACAGAGAGAAUACAAUGACACACAAGACUUCCAAAAGACCACCGUCAGUGAUCUCACAAACAACAGACAAGAAAUGCAAGACUGCAAAGUAAAUGGAACAGAGAAAAGGGAAGAGGGUUCUGACAAAUUAAAGGAGCCAGGAAACAGUUAUAACAAAUACAAAGGUCAAUGCCAAAACUACGUGAAAGGGUUUAUAAGUGAGCUUCUUGGACUUUCAAACGAAAAAGAAAGUCUUAACUGUGAUUUAGAAAAAGUCAUAAUUGUGGGUGAACAUGAUGAAAACCCUACUAAAGUUGAUUUGUUCUUUGAGGCUAUAAAUGCAAAUCAAAGCAGAAAGGACAGCAUUACAGUACAUGACAUUCUUGAACACUCUCCAUCCUUAUCGUCGUUACACGGUAAACAAACACCUCACAGCAGUCUGCAUCCAAAGGAAAAGGAACUUUUCUUAUCGCAUGAAUCAGAACGGGUGUCACAGUCACAUCUAGAGCUUUUGACAAGCAAUCUGGAGGUUCAUAAAUUAGAUGAGAAGGAGGAUUCCUGUACUUUUGGCAACCAUGAAAGUGAGUCUGAUGUCUCGAACAGGGUAGUGUCUCCUCUCACUGAUGUGAAGAAAAAAGGAUGUGUACACUGCUUGUCUGCUCGCAAUCUAACACAAGUAUCAAAUAAUAUGUCCCUUACAGAGCUACCUGAGACAACGCAACCAUUGUCUCUGAGGGAGAGCUUAAAUGAGCCUAGAAAUGGUGAAGAAAAUCUGGAACGCUUCAAGAACUGUGUUCAUUCUAAAGUUGCCCUGUCUUCUAUACCAGACAAGAGCCCACAGGCAAACCAACCAGCAGCGCUGCAUCUCAUGUCCCCUCUAGCCACUCAGCCUCCCUCAGUCAAGGAGGGAACGUUGUCGAUUGGAAGUGUCUCUGUGUCUGAAGAGGAGGAACAAUGUUCUGCUGUGAGCACUUUGUCUGAGGGCGUGGACAGCUGCACUGCACUGACAGAUACAGAGGGAUCCAAGGCACCCAGUGAAAGAUCUGGAUCAGUCUGCAGCGGAAAAGACAGUCACGGUCAGAACAAGCCACCUGUUGUUCCUCCAAAAACCGAGAAAGCUAUGCGCCGUGCCAUGAAGCUUACCACGAGGAGGAUGCAUAAAUCCGAAGCCAAGAGCAGAUAUGAGUGUAGAGGCAGGAGCAGUGAAAAAGGUAUCAGACACGAAAAUGAGAGGAGUCAUUACAGCACUGACAAAACGGAAGGUGACAGAUCAGAACGCAGGUCAAUCAGCGGUUACAGACACAGCAGUCAACACAGCGAACAUUAUCUUGAGGACACACUUGAGCCUAAAACACAAAGAAGUGAGAAACAGUUAAGACACCUUUCUAAUAAAGGUCAAGACAGACAAACCAACAAAGUUGUUGAUUCAAAGAGCCACAGCACUGAGAAAAAACAUAAACAAUCAAACGACAUUGAUCAUUUGGAGAAGAGUAAUAAAAAUAAUAACAUUGACCGAAUGAGUCGAAACAAUGAAAAAUAUGUACCCAACAAACAGGAGCGCAGGACUCAAAGUUUGGAUAGAUUUUUAAGGGAUAAACAUGAAGACAAGUCUAACAGCUUUGAACAAACUGAGGAGGAAGUUAAUUCUGAGUUGUUGACAGGUGAAUUGCAUAACUCUACUUCAAAGGCACUACCUUUGCCACAAAACACCAUUGAACAUACUUAUGCACCUGCUACCAACAUUUUAGCACAGUCCUUUCCAAUCACACAGCGGAAGCUUUUACAGGACCCUGAUUCAGGACAGUACUUCCUGGUGGACAUGCCAGUACAGGUCAAAUCAAAAACUUUCUUCGACCCAGAAACCAAAGGUUAUGUGCAAUUGCCGAUACAGUCUGCCGAGGAUGGCAUACGCCAAGGACCGCCAUUGGAGGUUAUGAACACACCACCACUUGUGCUAUAUCAUAGCUUUGUUCCUGUGCCUUUCUCAACCAUACCUUCACAGAAAUCUAUUAUCAGGACCACAGGAUCUAUGAAUAUCCCUGAUGACCUGGAUGACUUUGAAACUGGCAAGAAACAAAUGCAGGGGGACUUCUUUCAGACACAAGAGGUACAUCCUUACAUCGAGCCUGCAUAUAUAUCACAAGAACACACACCUGAACAAGAAAUUGAUAGUGUGAGAUGAAAGCACUAUGGACCGGUGGAUGGUCCAGACAUUAAUUGUGGCUGAAUUUAGGGCUUUGCAUUAAAUUUAAACUAAAACAGCUUUUACACUCUUAAAAAAAUGUGCUUCAAUAUGUUCUUCACUACGAUGCCAUUAAAUAAACAUUUUAGGUUCCACAAAGAACCAUUUACUUAAAGGUCAUAAAUAGCAUUUUUUUAUUUUUAUAAUCCAGAUGAUGCGUUCCAACUACAAAGAACCUUUUGUGAAACAGAAAGUUGGAUGUUAAAGAUUUUUUAUGGAACCGUUCAGCCAAAAAUCAUUCUUCUAUAGCAUCAUGAAGUCCCUUUUUGUUUUAAGAGUGCAUCAUGUGCCAUCAAAACUUGCAAUAUAGUCCAACUAGAUUUGUUUUUGUAUGUAUGCUGUUCAUUGUUAAUAUAAGAAGGAGAUUGUAAAUGUUUCAUUUUUAUUAAAGUUAGGCAAUACGCUACUGUAGCUCUCUUACUCUUUAAAGCAAACACUAAUUUGUUGAAGUGUUUAAUAAAGAGAUAAUUUUUUACUUUGUGCCAUAUUGAACAUUGGCAAAUGUUGUUUGCAUCACUUUAGGAGAAACAUUUUUUUGGA